AAUUUAUCCAAGUUUGAGGAGUCCAUUGGUGUGCACUUCAACCACAUCCGCCUGUUGGCUCGAGCCUUCACUGACCGCAGCAUCGGCUUCAACAACCUUACUCUAGGAUCAAAUCAGCGUCUGGAGUUUUUGGGAGACACAGUCCUCCAGUUGGUGGCGUCUGAGUACUUAUAUAAAUAUUUUCCCGAACAUCAUGAAGGCCACCUCUCAUUACUCCGUUCAUCUCUGGUAAACAACCGGACCCAGGCUGUGGUAUGUGAUGACUUGGGGAUGACAGCAUAUGCAAUGUAUUCACACUUGAAGACAGAGUUGAAAACAAAGGAUCGUGCUGAUUUGCUGGAAGCAUUUCUUGGGGCCCUCUAUAUUGAUAGGGGUCUAGACUACUGCCGCGCCUUCUGUCAGGUGUGUUUUCUUCCCACGGUUGCAUCAAUUCAUCAUGAACCAGGAUUGGAACGAUCCCAAGAGCAAAUUGCAGCAGUGUUGCUUGACCCUGAGGACUAUGGAUGGAGGGGAACCUGACAUUCCCAUUUACAAAGUUAUUGAGUGCAAGGGCCCCACCAACACACGUGUGUACACCGUAGCUGUGUAUUUU